GAUAGGACUGCAAGUUCCUAACAAGGAGAUGUUCCUUAUCCUUGUUUACGGACGGAAAUCAAUGGACUCAACCUGUUUUUUUGUCCUCGUCGUUGUUGUUUCCAUCUUCAGUCACCAGACAGAGCACCAAAAGAUUGAUGAAAGCGUGACCGUGAUGUUUGGAGAGUCUACUAUGUUGCCCUGCGUACUGCGUGACAACAAAGAGAGCCUAGACCAGAUUUCAUGGCAGAGGAAGACGAGGCAGGAAGCCCUGAAUGACGAUUUCUUAACAAUCCAAACUGAAGGACCUCAGUUUGUCAACGAACCUGAUCCCCGCUUUGAGUUUAUUGGGAACUUUGCUGUCAAAGACGGGACAUUGAGUUUCUCUGGUGUAACUUUGGAGGAUGAAGGAACCUACACCUGCAUCUUCAGUUUGUUCCCCAGCGGAUAUCAGAAAAAAGUGGUAACUUUAAAUGUGCAAGUGCCUCCAUCCACAAGACUGGUGCCCGAAACCCCUACUUUAGGGGACAAAGAGGUUACCUUGGCAACCUGCAUAGCUGCCGGUGCAAAGCCUCCCGUUAAAGUGCAAUGGGACACCGAUAGCUUGGGAGACCAAGUUAAAACGGCAAACACAACGGUCCUGCACAGCAACGCAACCACCACCACAACUAUCUCACUGCUGGGAAAACCGACUCUCCAGAUCUACAGACACAUGGUCCGCUGUGUCGUCACCAGUGAAGAACCAAGCAUUCUGGUAAAAGAAAUCCUGCCCUACAACAUACAGGUGCACUACUCCCCGAGGGAAGAGAACAUAACUAAAACAAAUGAAGGAAACACAUUUGCAUGCAGCGCUGAAGCAAACCCGGCCGCAAGCACGACCUGGAGAAGGUUGGAUAAGCCUCUGCCUGAUUCAGUGAAACAAGAGGCCGCAACGCUGCAGUUUCUGACAAUGACGGAUGAAGUGAACGGCCUCUACGAAUGUGAAACAAACAACCAGUACGGAGGAACACGAUCCUAUCUCUUGGUCCACGUUUCAGCAGCACCAGGAGGCUGUUCUGUCUAUGGGACAUUAUUUUGGCUUCUCCUCAUCUUGAAUGUCAUAGCAGCUGUUGCAGUUUUCGUUUUCUGGCGUUUUCGUAAAACUGGGACAUUUCCAAGUGUUUUUAGUUGGAAAAGCCGGGGUCAGCGAGUCCCGACUUCUUUCAGUCCACAAGACGAAGAUCAUCAUGCAGAGAGACCUCUUUGACGGCAGUGGAUGCUACAAGACGUCAGGACGUCGUGUCUCCAGGUCUCAGCAAUUUCUCCCACAACAUACUCUUCUGUUUACCACUCUUACACCUUUACACUCUGAAAUUAUUUAUGUAUUUUUUACUAUGCAUUUAAAGAGGUACGUUUUUCAGUCACAAAAACAGUUUCACAGCAAAACUGUUCAAACUGCAGUUAAAAGUUUCUUAGUUGCAGGUAAAAUUAAUUUGUACUUAAAAUGUGACUCUAAAAGUUUUGUUUGUGGAUUUGAAUUUCUCGCAGAUCCAAAAGAUUUCUGUGUCAUAUUGAAAGGUUUGUUUGUAUAUUUUAAAGUUUCAUCUGUGAGCACAAAAGCUUUGUGAGCUGCUGGGUUCAGAACACCGGGCCGGACCCGAGCUGGUCGAUGAAGACGCUUCUUCUGAAGCUUCACAACACGACAGAAGUGUGAACGCUCAUUUCACGCCGUCUCAUCCUCCACGAACAUUUAAACUCCAGUCGGAUCCCGAGAGAUGCGUCCUACGUCUUUCAGCUCGGGUCCUGUGUCGGAAACUGAACCCAGCAGCUCGUAAAGUUUUUGUAUUCGCAAUUGAAGCUUUUAAAAUUCACAAGUGAAGCUUUUGCAUUGGGUUUGGAUCACGAAAUAUAAAUUAUUCAUGAAGAAAUACUUUUAGUUUACAUUUUACCAAUAGAUUUACUUUACGUGCAACAAAAUGUUUCUGUACAUGUAACAUGUAAUUGCAGUUUGAGUAGUUUUGCUCUCAGACAGGGUUUUUUUUUUAUAUACCUCAACUGAAACAAGAAGUCAACCAAACACUGUCAACAUUGAAUUUAUGGUAGGAAGAAGACGGUUUAACCGCCUUUUCCUCUUUAUCCCUAUCAGCCACAACAUUUGGUACAAGUGGUGGUUUUUUCUGUUGCUUCUUCCGUUACUUUUUUUUUUUUUUUUCUUGUGCCUGACUGAAAAGGGCUACAGUUUGCCCUCAGGUGUCAUAAAGUUGGAUAUUUUUUACACCAUAUCACAUUCAACAUGGUUAUAAUUCAAAUGUUUCCUUUGACAGGUGUUGAAAGGAAAAUCUUUGUUACUGUUUUAUACCAAAGUUCAGCAAAUUAACAAACACCAUCACCAUCUCUGCCAGCUCAAGUGCAGCUCAGAAAAAAACAUCACUUCAUAACACCAAAUAUUAAGCCUUAAAGGAGACCUAUUAUGGCAUUUAAUGUAUAUUUUAAACAGGCCUUGAAUGUCUUAAAAACCAUCAAAAGCUUGUUUUUUCUACAUAAAUCCGAAAUUCAGCCUGUGGGCCAUGUCUCUAUUUUUACCGCUUCUAACCUCCUUUUCUGUGAGUGAUCCUGAGGGGAGGGGAGGCUAUGAUAAUGAGGCUCUGUGCUAAUUGGCUGCCUGAAUGACGUGUAGCAGGGGAGGGAACAAAGCCUCGCUCUGGGCAGAUGAGCAGCUGCUGCGUAAACUAUUAAACCAUGUCCCAUGCGAUGCGAUCGAACUUCAGUGACAAAAUCAAUUCAAUUGCUUUAUUUUUUUUCUAUUGGACUGUCCUAACUGGCCGCGAGUUUAACGGUUUCAGUGUGGACAGAGAGCGUCCGAUGUCACGCAGCUCGACGCGAUAGUGGGACGCUCUCAUUCAGUUAUGACACGGUGUAAACGGAUCUUAAGCCUGAAUUUCGGUUCUGCGUUAAAUCGACGCGUACCCUACGCCGUAGGCUCUGCAUUGGUGUAACGCGGAACCAUAAAUCAGCCUUUAGUUCCCUGACCGGGUCACCUCGUCUUCACACUAAUUCACACAGGAAGAUUUAAUUGAAUUCUAAACAGGUACACCACAGUUAUUAUUAGUCACCUCCGAUUCCUCAUCAUUUCAUUUCUUAUGUUACAAGACAAAUGAAUCAUGUUAACUGUAAAGAAAUCACAACACUGAAGGCUCACAAAUGGCAACUUUAUUGUUAAAAAAAAAAGUUGUAUAUAAAUAACAUUUAUGCACUAUUGCCUUUUUGGUGACGUAACGAAAAUGCACAAAUCUGAACUGCUCGUAAAAGUCACAUGACACUGGAAGGAUCCUCCGGGCGGGGUGAACAGAACCUGCAGAAUUUGGUUGCUUUCCAUCUUCUUUGAGUUGGCAGGGUGAGGGGAGACCUAUGGAGCUAGAACAGUCUCAUAAUUCACAAAUGCACAGGACAAGUUUUACAAAUGCACGGACCGAUUUGCAA